AUGGCGAACGCAGACAGUGAAGUCAAGACGUUGCUAAAUUUUGUAAAUUUGGCAUCCAGCGAUAUCAAAGCGGCCUUGGACAAGUCGGCUCCGUGCAGACGCUCCGUGGAUCACAGGAAAUAUCUGCAGAAACAACUGAAGCGAUUCUCCCAGAAGUACUCCAGAGUCCCGAGGUGCCACACACACAGGUCUGCCGAGUACGGGUGCGCCAAACCGGUGGGGACUGCCCACCAGAGUGUGACGGUCACAGAGAAGCCCGGUUCGGAUGCGCAGGGUGCCGAGAAUGUGGGGAGCGCCGUUAAGCAGGUGCCGAUGAGGAAACGCCAACUACCGGCCUCAUUUUGGGAGGAACCUAAAUUGACCCCAACGAAGAGGGAGCACUCACAUUUGGGAGUAAAAAGGAACCACGCAGUCACGUCUGAGGGCAGCGAGAAUGAAAAGCGGAAAAGGAGUUUCGAUAAGGAUGACGCGAAGGCCGCUCUGUCAACGUCCAGCCGGCGCAGCUCUGUGGAUAAAGAGACGCUGAAAUUGGACCUGACCUCUCACCACUGCGUGAAUGUGUGCGGCUGCUGCCCCUUCCAGUGCCACGGACACCAGGUCCUCCACAGUCACAUUGUUGUCCCACAUCCGCCGCUGGGACUGUGGAGUAAAGCAGCAGAGCGACCCGAGCAUCCUUAUGGACAGAAGCUCCACACGCACGUUGUGGUCAAGCCUAUACCGACCAAACCCACCGUCCAGUCACCAAUCUUCAGCGUGUUUGGAUUCAUUUGA